AUGGUCUGCUUGAAUUUCCAGCAAUGAGCAUACAGGUGUAUUUUGACGAACAACGAAGUUUCCAUGAGUUUAAUAUACUUAUUGACACUACUUGUAGGGAUUUGUUGAAUGCCUUUAAUUUGCCUACCGAUGGCACCUAUGAAUUGACUGAGCAUUGGAGAGAAUGUGAUGAGCAAAUUGCUCAGUUGAUAGUUGAGCGGACCAUCAAAGAGCACGAGUACUUGAGUGAUGUGUUGCGACAGUGGGGGCCGCAACUCUCCCAAGUCAAAUUCAGCGUCAAGAGAGUUCAUCAAGACUUCUCAGACAGAAAUUUCCGGGACGAAGCACCGAAUUAUCAGCCGUCAAACCGGCGUGCGACCGAUUCAGAAGAACCUAGAAAUGCAACUUACAACACUGGUCAAAAUUUACAACACCAAAAUGAAUAUCGAAAUCAAAUGCAACAAAUUGAUUCAUUAGUUUCGGAUCUCGAAGAUUUAAAAGGACUUGAAGUUUGGCAGGCAGAACAAAUUUAUACGCAGCAGAAGUUACUUCAGGAGAAGCAGCAUUUAUUACACGAUUUGUCCAGUGGAGUUCAUAAGAGGUCGAAUUCUGGCAAUGCUGCUAGUGGUAGUAACAGUUUACCUUUAAGUGUGGAAACGGCAAAUGGUGAUACGAACUUAGCUAUGUACUCGACGCAGCCGCAACUACAGCAACUCUCCCUGGCAAGCGAUAAUUCCAUGAGAAACCCCCAACAACAAAACCGAAACUAUCUUACAACUUUUUCCGGUAGUCAUCAGUUACAAAACCGAAGUAGACCUUCAACACUGACAUCAGAAACGUCAUACAACCAUGUACAGAACAGUUCAAACAGGAAUGAUUAUGGCGGCAGUCCUAACGGUCGAUUAGCCAAUAAUACUACUGCUAGUCUCACAACAUCGCAUUACGAAGGUGUUUCUGCUUUGAGGCCUUCGGCUGAAUGGUACGAUGAAAACCAUGUGUAUAGUAGUAUAGACGAACAACAGAAAUUGUCUCAACUGGCAAGGUUGAAACAGGAAUUCGAACAGUCAGGAAGGGUGAUUGAGAACACUACUAGUAAGCAGUACUCCCCGAUGUUUGCGUUUAACGAGUGGGGAGGAGGGCAAGGGGGUGGCAACUCCCAGAAUAAUUCUCCCCAAUUGCCCGUUCCAAUGAGCUCGCUGAAGAGCAGCAGUGGUACGUUUGGGCACUUUGAGAGUGUCCAGCAGAAUUUGCAGCGAGGGACAAAUAACAACAACAAUAAUAUGCUUUUGAUGGAGCUUGACAGUGUUCGAGCCAUGUUCUCGGAAAAGGAGAAAGAACUCUCCAUGGCAGUGGCUAAAGUGGAGCAUCUCACAACCCAAUUGGAAUCCCUCAAAACAAACACAACACCUCCAGGGCUACAGCACCAGAAUGGGGACCUGGUGGGGCCACGGAGGAUGACUGUGGGUGGGGGCGAAGGCGGGGAAGGGGAGGAGCAAGUUGCAGGAAAUAAUUUGGUGUUUGAUAGGAUGAACUCACAGAUAGUGGUCCGCAACAUGAUGAACAAAGAACAAGCUACAAAACUAGAGACCCGAAAGGCGUAUUUGGGCGAACGAACCGAUGAAUUAGACAGCCUACACGCCAAAAUGAAAGCACUAAAUGACCGAAUAAACCUAAUUAAACAGCAGCAAAACUUCCAGCCAAACCAAACAAGCCAAGAUUCAAACAUAAUCGCUCAAAACCAAAUUUCAACUAAUUCUCAACCACAGCAAAUGAAGAUGCAAAGUUACUCUUCAAGCCCUUCGGAGUCGUUAUUAAGUUCAGCAAAUAGCAGUUCGAGAAAUCAAUUUGCACCUGUGAGAAGAUUCGAUUCCAGGCCGAAUCCGUCGUUGAUAGCACAGGUACACCCCAUGAGAAAUGUGCCCCAAAAACCGAGUAAUACUAAUACACCGUCUCCUAAUUCGUCUGAUAAAGCAUCGCCAAGGGACGAUAAAUACUCGUCAUCACCUAGAAAUAACUUCAUGACACCCCAAAAUGCUCAGCAUCAAUUAGUGCCUUCGUUACAACCCUCGGGUCAAAGAUUUUCCCCUAGUUAUUCGGGAAGCCCCAAUACGUCAAUAAUAUCCGAUUCACCAUCGAUAAGCCCGAGUUCAAGUGCAAUUAGAAACGUGAAUAAUAGUUUAGUCACGCCUAAAAGCCGAACUGACAGUCCGAGUGAUUACACGUUGAAACUUGCAAAAGUUCGACCCGUUCAGCACUCGGAAAGUGAUUCGUCAGACGCGAGUACGAUUCGAGAUCCGAAUUUUACGAGUUCUCGCAAGGAUCCAAAGUUUCCAUUGUCAGUUGGUGACAAAGGGUUCAAAUACAGCCCAGAAGCUAAAACCCCCAGUCCAAAUUAUCAGGCUUUAAAGACACCUUAUCCCAUGCCAACGUCAGAAUCUCGAAAUAAAGUUGAGGUUAAACAAGUUUACCAAACUAGUGAAUCGAAUUUAGGAAGAGGAAAUAUUACUCCCUUGAAUAAAAAUGCAACUACUCGUGGAUCGAAUAGCGAUCAAAGUAAGUCGAGUGGUUAUGUAACAUCUGAGGAUCCAAACGGAGGUGCCGGCUCCGAUGACAUAAUUGAAAAUCAACUCUCGGUUUUAAACGAGGAAAAAGAUAGUCCAGUGAUUCAUCAGUACCCAAUUUUACAGCAGUAUGUACUAAAAAACAAUGAUAACAAUUCUUAUAGUCUGGCAGGCUCGAACAUGCGACCUUCGGCUUAUGAGAGACUCUUUCCAUUGCCGUCUUCAUCAGCCAAUGAAAAACAAGAAGGAACGAAUGUUCUAGAAAAUUCUAAGCGGUCACCCGAAGAAGAUGAAGACUUGGACGUGUCGAAGAGUUCGUCCAAUAUCCAUAUUGAUAAGACAACUGGGCAUAAACAGAUUAGAAGGAGAUCUUCGCUUGUCCACGGAGACGAAAAUGGCCCACUCCUUCCCCUACAUUUAAUUCCAGACCACCUCAAAAACAUCGAACCAGUAAUCGAGAACCCACCACAAUCCUCGUCCCAGCCUAGAAACAGUUCAAUUUCCCCCAGCAAACCCAUAGUGGGAAUUCUGAAGACACCAAAAGGGCCGAACAACAGACCUAGGAGCUACUCUGGAUCGGGAGCCGAGAUGACAGAGUCGGGGAAAAGGAAGCGAAGAGUGGUGUUUGAUAGACUAGCGUUGUUUUUGGACGCGGCUUUGGAAGGCGAUUUGCAACUGGUUGAGCAGUUGUAUGGACAGCUCAAGAAUCCCUCGGCUGGGAAUGACGAGGGUAUCACGGCACUCCACAAUGCAAUAUGUGCUGGCCACUCCCAAAUAGUGGACUAUUUGGUCCAGCGAGGCACAGAUGUGAAUGCAGCCGACUCAGAUGGGUGGACUCCAUUGCACUGUGCUGCAUCGUGCAACAGUGUGAUGUUGGUGAAGUACUUGGUGGAGCAUGGGGCGUGUAUCUACGCGAGGACAUUCAGUGACGGUGAGACACCUGCUCAGAAGUGUGAGGAGCACGAACCGAACUACGCUCAAUGCAGUCAGUACCUAUAUGGUGUGCAGGAGAAGCUUGGCAUCAUCAACCGAGGUGUAGUCUAUUCCCUCUACCCCUACCCGGCAGAAAGGCCAGACGAACUGGCAGUUGCAGAGGGAGAGGCACUGUUCGUAGUCAGGAGGGGGGACGAGGAGGAGGGGCCAGAGUGGUGGUGGUGUGCGAGGGGGGCAGGGUCAGGAGGGAGAGAAGAACAGGGAUACUUGCCUAGAAAUAUUAUGGGGCUCUUUCCCAGAACGAAACCAAAAGCCAAGUUUGGUGCCAAAAACUGAGUAAAACAUAGCGUGACCAGGAUUGUCUUACAGUCUUUGCCAAACAAACAGAUGUACAAAAAGAAAAAUAACUACUGCUCCUUAUUACUGCAUUAAAACUUAAUGUUUCAACCAGCUACUUGCUUUAAUGUGCCUAAAUGUAACAAUAAGUUGUUAUCAAAAUGAAUUGCGUUAAAAGAUUGUGUAGAUUAUUUAAAUGAUUGAUUUUCAUUUUAGUUGACUUGCUUACUUUUAUCGCUUAAAUUACAAAUUAGCUUACGAAAA